AUGAUGCCGAUUGCUAGCUAUGCUGGACAGCUGGCCUCAGGCCUGCAGUCGCCCUACGCCUCCACAGCGGUGGCAAGUGGGCUUUAUGCCGAUGAGCUCCUGAGGCGGCUUCAAGGAUGCCAAUCCUUGGACGAGGGUCGCGCUACCUGUGCUGAAAUGAUGACUGCAUUCCAUCAAGAGCAUAGUCAGCAGCUGCUGCGGCCACGUGUGCCAGCAAAAGCAGUUCCCGCGCAAGAAGCACAGGAAGUGGCUUCCCCAUAUGCACGGACUCUUGAUGUUUCAUCAGAUUUCCUCGAGGCCCGACUGCAAUCUCUGCAAGGUGCAAACAGAGUAAUUGUGCGCGCGCUGCGCAUCAUGUCGGAGCGCCUGCGAGAACAAGGACAGCGCAGUCGCCAAGCGGAAGAAACAGUUGAACAGUUGAAGUCCGAGCUGCAGGCGCAAAGCGAACAGCUCCGAGCCUCCGAGAGGGCGAAGGCCCUCUUGCAGUCGCGUGUGGAAGUGCUCCUGCGCGAGGACUUCCAAAUGCCCCAGGGGUGUGGAAGACCAUGCAGCUAG